AUGACGGACGCUCCAUCCGCCCCGGGCGACAAUGCAGACCGCCAACACGACGAAACUGGAUCUGAUUCGGGACCGGAGCUCGUCAAGGUCGAGCCGCGGCCCGAAGAGGACAGCCCCAUGGCCCAAGAAUCGGAGGAGAGCGACGACAGCGGAGAGGGCGAAGAGAUCGCAGAGCAGGAUGACUCCGAUGACGAUGAUGAGGACGAGACGGACGAUGAAGACGAUGAACCGAAGCUCAAAUAUGCCCGCCUGACGCAACACUUGAAUGCCGUCUAUAGACAAGAUAUGACAACUGCGUUCAUUGUUGCUGGUGACAAAAUGAUCAUAGGCACUGACGCAGGAAAUAUUCACGUUGUUCAACUCCCCAUCUUCCAAACGUUGCGAAACUACCACGCUCAUCAAGCUUCCGUAUCGAACCUUUCCAUAUCGCCUUUCCCACCACCGCUACCGCCAACGUCUCUCAAGUCUGAGGUGGCCACAAAGGCCAUGUCGGCAGCGGCACCCUCCAGGAAGACAACAGCAGACCUUCCUCGGAAAUCUCGCGAGCCUGAACCACUACCGAAUAUCCCAUCUAACAACAUAUUCAUAGGCACAUCAUCUAUGGAUGGCCAUGUCUGUGUGCAGUCACUUAUGGAUUUCAAGGAUGUAUCCUUGAGGAACUUUGCGAGGCCUGUACAGGCUGUUGCGUUGUCGCCGGAUUACAAGAAUGACAGAACCUAUCUUUCUGGAGGCACUUCUGGAAGUCUCGUUCUCACCGUCACUCCACCGCAGGGUCGAAGCACAUCCUCGACAGUGGGCACCGCUGCGGCAGCCGCUUCUGGGUGGCUCGGUAGCAUGGGUCUAGGAGCCAAUACCGGCAGGGACACAGUCCUUCAUUCGGGUGAAGGAACCAUUAGUGCGAUUAAGUGGUCGCUCUCUGGCAAAUAUGUCGUUUGGUUGAAUGAGCAUGGUAUCAAGAUUAUGCGGUCCAAGUUACACCUGGACUCUGCUGAUGCAGAAGAUGCUUGGAAACGGAUCGGCCACAUUGACAGGCCCCAGACGGACGAGUGGGAAGAAAUGGCUGGUGUCUGGAAGGGUCGAGCCGAGUGGAUUGACGAGCAGGCCAUUGAGACGGAUGAGGAAGAUGCACCCACAGAGCGAGUCGAGAGCCCGCCGCCUGCGGCAACGAAGAAAGCGACAAAACAUGAAAAACAAUUUGAAAGGUUACUGGUUGGGUGGGGAGGUACCAUAUGGAUAAUCCACGUGCAUGCUGGUGGCAUCGGCGCUGGGCGCAACGUGGGCGAGAAAUCCAUUGGCAGGGCAGAAAUUGCGAAGAAACUACGCAUGGACUGUAUUAUUUCCGGCAUUUCGUUAUAUACCCAGAGACUACUUCUUGUUUUAGCAUAUUGUAAACCAGAUCACGAAGAUGAGGAAGACGACAUCAAACACGCGAAGGGGCACAAGGCACAACUGUCUACAGCUUCAGCGGGAAGCGAGCCAUCAGGGGGCAUAAAACGCCACCCGAAUGCACUAGCACCAGAGCUUCGGUUGAUCGAUCUCGUGUCGCAGGCCGAGGUUGAUAAGGACAGUCUGACUGUCAGCCGUUAUGAGCGACUGAAGUCCAAUGAUUAUCAUCUCGGCGUGUUACCAGCCAAGAAUGCGGCAUCAGUUGUAGAAUCACGUGGCGUGUUGGAGGCCAUGACCAACUUUGGUGCCGAUAUGUGGAAUGCGACCAUUAACCCAAAGUCACUGUUCAGCUCUGGGGCCAGCAUCAAGAGCGAUAGCAACGAUGGCGCGUCAAGCUCACGCAUUGGAAGCACAUUGGGGAGUGCUCGGCCUAUCCCGCGUUCAGCGCCACAAACGGUCCACCCAAACCUGGUCAAACCAGGUGCCAAGAUCUUCAUUCACAGUCCGUACGACUGUAUACUGGCUACUAAAAGAGACAUGGGAGAUCACCUGACAUGGCUUCUUGAACAUCACCAGUACGAAGCGGCAUGGGCUCUUUUGGAUGACCAUCCCGAAAUCAUGGUUUCGCCCCCUGAAAGACUGUCUGAAUUGGUGCCAUCGACGCCGAGCCAAUCUCAGCAGGGCAGCGAUGACUUCUUUGAAGAUGAUGCUUCAGUUUCCGAGUCUCACCUUCGAUCGCAGUACUCUUCCGCCGAGAAGGAGAAGCGGAGGAUCGGAGAGUUGUGGAUACAAGAAUUGGUUGAAGCUGGUGAAUGGAGUCGCGCUGGUCAAAUCGCCGCGAAGGUCCUCAAUACGCCGGAUCGCUGGGAGAAAUGGAUUUACACAUUUGCUGGUGCCAAGAGAUUUGACGAGAUUGUUGAUUUGGUGCCUUCAGAGCCCAUGCGCCCUGCAAUACCUGGAACGGUUUAUGAGAUAUUGCUGAACCAUUACCUCCAGACCGACAAGCUCCGUUUCAAGAAGCUUCUGGACCGUUGGAAGGUGGACUUGUUUGACACACAUACCAUCACAACGGCUCUUGAGAACCAGCUCGCAUAUCGCGAUGUGCGUGAGGACAGCGUCGACGACGGCGAAAAGGGCCGGGACUGGCGAAUCGUCGUGGAGUCUCUUGCAUGGCUCCAUGAAUCUAAUGGGAAAUAUCGCGAUGCUCUGCGGUGUUACAUCAAACUUCAAGACGCCGACUCCACUAUGCGCUUGAUAAGAGAGAAUCACCUAGCGGACGCCGUCACAGAUGAUGUUGCCAGCUUCAUUGCGCUUAGAGUGCCCGAAGCGGAACUUGAUCGGAUGACAGCCGAAGAACUCGAAGAAGCGACCUCGGAGGCCAUUGCACUCCUUGUCGAAGAGGCUCAGCGGGGACUCAUCAAACCGGCGACGGUUGUUCGGCAACUGCAGAAGAAAGAUUUGAACCGGUACCUCUACUUUUACCUGCGCGGGCUAUGGAAAACAUACCGCGAACAAGAUCCCGACGAAGCAAUCUGCCUUGUUGACGAGUUUGCUGACCUUGCGGUACAUCUUUUUGCAUCGUUCGACCGGGAGCUUUUGAUGGACCUCUUGAAAGUGUCUACCAGCUACACUUUUGAAAAGGCUGUACAAGAAUGCGAAGGUUACAACUACGUCCCGGAGCUGGUCCAUCUGUAUUCGAUUACAGGGCAGAUGAAGCGUGCGUUGUAUCUAAUCAUCGACCGACUCGGUGACGUUUCUCAGGCCAUUGCAUUUGCCAAAGACAAAGACGACCCAGAUCUAUGGGAAGAUCUUCUGCACUAUAGCAUGGACAAGCCACGAUUUAUCCGGGGUUUGCUAGAGGAAGUUGGCACAGCAAUCGAUCCCAUCACACUGAUACGUCGGAUACCAGAAGGCCUGGAGAUUCCGGGCUUGCGAGAAGGCUUGAAGCACAUUAUGAAAGAACAUGAGAUUCAAUACAGCAUCUCAUCUGGAGUUGCUCGCGUCCUCAGAUCCGAGGUGGCAGCAGCCCAGAACAUGCUGCGAAUGGGCCAGAGAAAGGGUAUCAAGUUCGAAGUGCUGGUAAAAUCAGAAGAUCAUGUAGACGUGCAAGUCAAGGAAGUGCCGACCAUUGUCACAAAGGGCGCCGCGCCACAGAUGAGCGGAGCCGAUACGCCGACUGUACCGGAGAUUGUGGAUCCGGCCACGGCGCAUGCCGCGGUAGGUGGAGUCAAAUCACAACAGCCGGCGCAUGAUCACCGUACUCCCCAACCAGGCCAUUGCGCACAAUGCCAUGAACCCUUUACGGAAUGGGAAAUGGAGACCCUCGUGGGUUUUGCAUGUGGUCACGUCUUUCAUGCGAGCCAUCUGCUUCAGUACCUGCACCCAGACGAAGAGCCUGAUCCCAGUCUCACGGGCUAUGCAAACGGUGACGAGGAUAGAACUAGAGGGGGUCGCUUUGUGGGCAGCAAGGUUACUCGUGCCAGGUUGUUGAGAGACAAAGUCAGGGCGGGUUGUCCCGUCUGUCGUGAGAAGCGUGAGGAAGCUGAGGGAACCUGCUGA